GCGGCGGCGGGACGGGCUCUCCCCGGCGGCGGCUCGGGCGCGGCCGUGUCCUGUGGGGCAGGGAGCCGCCGAGCCCCUUCCCGCGCUGCCUGCGGGCUCCUGCUCGGCUGCGAGUCCUGCCGGGCGAAGCGCUCCGUGCUUGCUGCAGGACUGAGGAAUAAUCUGGUUUUCUUUCCGAGCCGCCUUCCCGGUAUCGUUUCUAACUGCCCUCGAAUGUGUUUGCAGCGCCUCAGAAAUGACCUCGGGCCGCCGCUCGCCGUCCUUCUUCCGUGUGGGUGCCGCUGACUGUCGCCGCUGCCGCUCCGGGCUCCUUCCAGCAGCAGAACUGAAAGCCUCACAAGACAGCGAUGGCUUUUUCUCUGGAAUUUGAAUAUGGAGGCCACCGGGACAGAUGAAGUAGAAAAGAUCAAAUCAAAGUUUAUGUCUGCAUGGCACAACAUGAAAUACAGUUGGGUGUUGAAAACAAAAACUUACUUCAGUCGGAACUCUCCAGUUUUUCUGCUGGGAAAAUGUUACCACUUCAAAACUGAGGAGUCUGGAGAGCUCUCUACAGAUGGGUCCAAUUUUGAUAAAAUCAGCACUGAGAUUUCGGGGAACGUCGAGGAGUUCCGCAAGGAUUUCAUUUCUAGGAUCUGGCUGACCUACAGAGAGGAGUUCCCUCAGAUCAAGGGCUCUGCUCUGACCACAGACUGUGGCUGGGGCUGCACGCUCAGAACGGGGCAGAUGCUGCUGGCUCAGGGGCUGAUGCUUCAUUUCCUUGGGAGAGCCUGGGUGUGGCCAGAAGCCCUGGAAAUGGACAGCUGUGACUCGGAGUCCUGGACCAGCAGCACCGUCAGGAAGCUCACGGCCUCCUUCGAGGCGUCGCUCACGGCCGAGAGGGACCCCAAGGUCCUGGCCCGGCCCCCUGCCAGCAGGGACUGGGAUGUCACUGAGAGGAGGAAUGAGCUUUAUCACAGGAAAAUCAUCUCCUGGUUCGGUGACUCCCCCCUGGCAGCCUUUGGGCUGCACCAGCUGAUAGAGUACGGGAAGAAGUCUGGGAAGAUGGCGGGGGAUUGGUACGGGCCCGCCGUGGUGGCACACAUCCUGAGUUUUGUGUUUGUACUUAGAAAAGCUGUUGAGGAAGCAAGAGACCCUGAGCUGCAAGGAGUAACAGUCUAUGUUGCCCAGGAUUGCACAGUCUACAGCUCGGAUGUUAUUGACAGGCAGUGCUCCUUUGUGGAUUCUGGGAAAGCAGGCACAAAAGCUGUAAUUAUAUUGGUUCCUGUGAGACUCGGUGGAGAGAGAACAAACACAGACUACCUGGAGUUUGUAAAGGGAAUUUUAAGCCUGGAGUACUGUGUUGGCAUCAUUGGUGGCAGACCCAAGCAAUCCUAUUACUUUGCUGGAUUCCAAGAUGACAGUUUGAUUUACAUGGAUCCUCAUUACUGCCAAUCUUUUGUAGAUGUCAGCAUAAAGGAUUUCCCUCUUGAGUCAUUCCACUGUCCUUCUCCCAAAAAGAUGUCCUUCAAAAAGAUGGACCCAAGCUGCACAAUAGGAUUUUACUGUAGGACUGUGCAGGACUUUGAGAAGGCUUCUGAAGAAAUCACCAAGAUGCUGAAAUCUUCAUCCAAGGAGAAAUAUCCCCUGUUUACUUUUGUCAAGGGUCAUUCUAGAGACUAUGACUUUGCUUCCAGUCCACUCCAUGAGGAACAUGACCUUUUCUCUGAGGAUGAGAAGAAAAGACUGAAGAGAUUUAGCACAGAGGAGUUUGUCUUGCUUUAAGGACAUUUUACACAAGAGCAUCGGCAGCUGUCCAGGAGAGCACUUGCCUUUUAACUCUAAAAAUGGACCUGAAUUCCUUCCCCAGAAAGGCAAGGCUGUACUGAAAUUGGUCUAUUUUCAUAAAGAUGAUACUGUUUUAUAUGUUAAGAUGUCAGUUACUAAUGUAUGUACUAAUUAGUUUUGCUCACUGCUGGCUGGAGUGUCUGUGCUGUUGUGGUAGUGAGGGGAGAUGCUUUGCUCAGAGCCAGCUGUGCCUGGCCAGUCCCUAAAUGCCAGCCUGUGCCCUCCUGUGCUGCCAUUCCAGGCCACUCCUGAGCAGGGCUGCCAGCUGGGGCUGGCUUUGCCAGGGAUGCACACCCAGGGCUGUGGGGACCACGUUGUUCUGCCUGCAGCACAGCUGGAGUUGUUCCUGUGGGAAGGGGACAAGUCCCAGCUGGGUGGCCCCACCAGUUGUGCUGCCAGCAUGCAGAGCAGCUCCUGCUGGAAAGGUGAGGUUGAUGGAUCAGGAGUCACUGUCCCUGGCAGUCCUGCCAUAAUUAUAUAGGCUGAAUUGGGAGUUAAGACACUAUUUAGCAGUAUGACUUUCUAAUGGUUUCUCAUUAAGCUUGCUUUGGAGCCUUAAUAUGAGGAGUGAAGAUAAAGUAUUACCUUUCCCCACAAUUUUUAAAGGUUAUACUAUUAAUAUUAACUGCAACCAAUCAAAGCAGCUGGAGACAAUUAUUAGAAGAGAGCAGUGUUUGUUUCCUGUUUCAGCUACCAUAAUGGUGAGGCUUCUCCUGCCAGAGCAGCUUUUAAAUCAAAGCAAAGGGGGGUGGAUGUGGAAAAUUCUGGGCUGUGAUGAUUUUUUGUUUUGAUACGUGUUGUUACUGUACAAAUGAUUACUUGGUGGUGUGUGUUCUCAGAUUGCAAACAAAUGUACAGAAAUAGUUUCAUGUUUUAACAAAGUAAAUACAAUAUUUAAAAAACCAUAUUAACGCUGCUUGGGAAAUAAAAGAGGUAUGAAAACAUGAA